AUGGAAAGAGAAGGAGAAGAGAGCUAUAAUUUGAUUGCAGAUUUUUACAACUGGAACCGUGUGAAGAUAAGAUAUUGUGAUGGAGCAUCAUUUGCUGGGGAUUCCAAGUUUGAUAAUGGGACAUCAUUACUUUACUUCAGAGGGCAAAGGAUAUGGAAAGCAAUUAUCCAUCAUCUUCUUCCCAAGGGCUUAGGGAUUGCAAAAAAGGCUUUGCUUUCAGGGUGCUCAGCAGGGGGUUUGGCUGUUUUUCUGCAAUGUGACAAUUUCACCAGUUACUUACCAAGAAAUGCAACUGUUAAAUGCCUAAGUGAUGCCGGUUUUUUCUUGGACGAGAGAGACAUUAGUUUGAACCACACAAUUAGAUCCUUUUAUGAAGAUCUUGUUUCAUUACAGGGGAUAGAGCAGUUUCUGGACAAGAACUGUACAAGCUCCCUCUUCUUUCCAAAACUAUGUUUUUUCCCUCAAUAUGUGCUACCAUAUAUCAAAUCACCAUUUUUCAUCUUAAACUCUGCUUAUGAUGUCUACCAAUUCCAUCACAAUUUAGUUCCCCCUUCAGCUGAUCCAAAAGGACAUUGGUACCACUGCAAGGUUAAUCCGGAACAAUGUAAUAUCAAUCAGAUAAAUAUCUUGCAAGGAUUCAGGCAUGACAUGAUUGAUGCGUUGAAGUCAUUCUACGAAGAAUCAAGGAGAGACGGGAUGUACAUAAAUUCGUGUUUCGCUCAUUGCCAGAGCGAGUCACAAGACACAUGGUUAGCUGUGGAUUCUCCUAGAGUACAUAAUAAGACAAUUUCCGAAGCGGUUGGCGAUUGGUACUAUGGGAGGAGGAUUACAAAGGAAAUCGAUUGCGCAUAUCCUUGUGAUAAAACAUGUCACAAUAUAAUUGGAUGAGAAAAUGAAGAAUUUCAGGUAUAAUAUAUUUAUAUAAAUAUAUUGGCUUAUCUUAUGUUAUGCUAAUUAGUUGAAAUGCUUAAAGAUGUUAAAUUGGGAAACAUAAAAGAGAGGCCUAACAGAAAGAAAAUUGAAUUUGGUAAGGGUAAAGGAGAUAAUGAUGCAAAAUAGACAGCAACAUAGAGCUUAGAAAUCAUUCUUUCAUACACACAUUACAAAUGGUGUGUAUGCCAUUGAACUUUGAGAAUUAUUUAUACCAAAAUAUUUUCCUUAUUAUGUAUAUGGGAUUAAGAAUUGUAUAAUGUUGUUGACAAACAUAAAUUUGUUUACUUAGAUUUGAUUUUAUUUGAAAACACAAAAUUGAAAGAGGUUGUUAUGAC